AGCCUCUCCGCACAGCGGCAUCAUCAACCGCCCGUUUAAGAUGACGACUAGCGCUCUCAAUCCUUCGCUGCUUUGCUCCAUCGGCAACGUCUCCUCCUCUCGUGAUUUCAAAUUUCCCGCCACCUCACGAGGAAGAAGCUCUGCUCCAUUUAAAUCUUGCGCCAAAUUCUUCAAAGCCUCAUCCUCUUUCACCGCCCACAGCAACGGGGAUUCCAGUGGAAAUGACUAUGGUGCAUUGCAUCGAAGGGAAGGACUCAUUUUCAUGGUUGCGCUGCCAGUCAUCCUUCCACUUGGUGGAUUAACAUAUGCAGAAGAUGAAUCUUUCAUCAUACGAGAAGGGGUGAGAAAGGUAGUUUCCAAGGGCAAGGCAGCUGGUGUGCUUCGUCUGGCUUUUCACGAUGCUGGAACCUUUGAUAUGGAUGAUACUUCAGGUGGUAUGAAUGGUUCAAUAGUUUACGAGCUUGAUAGACCUGAAAAUUCAGGUCUUAAAAAAUCUGUUAAGAUUCUAGAGAAAGCAAAGAGUGAAGCGGGCAUAAUCCAACCAGUAUCUUGGGCGGACAUGAUUGCUGUUGGUGGCGCAGAAGCAAUUUCAAUAUGUGGAGGUCCUACUAUUCCUGUUCAGUUAGGCAGGCUUGAUUCAAUGCUCCCUGAUCCAGAAGGGAAACUUCCUCAAGAAUCUUUGGAUGCUUCUGGUCUCAAGCAAUGCUUUUUAAGAAAAGGAUUCUCCACACAAGAACUGGUUGCAUUAUCCGGAGCACAUACUCUUGGAAGUAAAGGUUUUGGGAAUCCUACUGUUUUCGAUAAUUCAUACUUCAAAAUACUUCUGGAAAAGCCAUGGUUGUCUUCAGCUGGUAUGUCAAGUAUGAUUGGGCUUCCCACGGAUCAUGUACUCGCUGAGGAUGACGAAUGCUUAAGGUGGAUUACAGAAUAUGCAGAAAAUCAAAAUAGAUUCUUUGAUGAUUUCAGAAAUGCCUAUAUUAAACUUGUCAAUUCUGGAGCAAGGUGGAAAAAUGUAUAGGAACUCAUACAAAUGUUUUAAAGUGGGCUAUAGCUACUUGAUGAUCGACAUCUAUCAUAUAGUUUGAUCCAUCCAAUUUGUGAGGAUUUUCAGGCUAUUGGCUGAUCCAAGAUGGCUUGAUUGGGCAAUGUUCUGACCUUUUCCUUUUGGCUCCUCUUGCCUGGAUAUUUGGUGGUCGUAGCUGCAGCCAAUAAUGAGGAGUGAAGUAUAAAAGUGUGCAUCCAAAAAAGUUUAUUUCGUGUGGAUCAAGAUUGAAACAGGUAUGUUCCACCACAAAUAUUAGAUCUGAGGUGUUUCUAUUUCAACUUGUAUAUAACUCCUAAGUUAGAUCAUUCCUAUUUUUUUAACACAAUAGUGAUUCUCUUUCUUUUUUUUGCUUUUGGCUUUUGGUUUUUGUCUCUUUAACUUGAGCCAGCAUUAUUGUUAGCAUGAAAAGAGAGGCACUGAAAUGGUGGAGGAAACUAUGUUGGACCCCAAAAAAUAGUAAGAAAUUAUGGAAGACAAAGUACAAAUCAUAGUAAUCUAAUUAUUUUUCCUUUUCCUGUA